ACUGGCGUUAUAAAUAUCCCCGUGCCAGCAGAAACGCUCCAGCUACUGCAGCCGGGGUAAUGCCCACCAGCGCUGCACGCGUGUGUGCGCACGCUUUUCUGGUCUUCAUGAGCGACACACACCGCACACAUACAAAAAUGCUGAAAUUCGCCUAGCGGGUGUCUCGUUUUUGGAAGAAUGAAUGUUCCUGUUUACCUUUUAACCUUCGCUCAGCUGAUUUGCGCCGCCGGAGCAGAGCACGUCUCUUUGGAGCGCCAACUUCUCAAGGAGGGGAUCAGUUCGGGACGCAGUACUUGCAGGCUCUACUGUAGGGUUGGCAUCGGCUUCCAUCUCCAGAUUCAUCCCGACGGCAAAGUCAACGGCAGCCAUGAGCCCAACCAACUGAGUGUCCUGGAGCUCUUUGCUGUUUCUCAGGGGGUCAUCGGAAUCAAAGGAGUUUACAGUAAUCGAUUCCUGGCCAUGAAUAAAAGAGGACGACUGCAUGCCACUGAAUGGUUCUCGGACGACUGCAAGUUCAGGGAACGUUUCCAGGAGAACAGCUACAACACGUAUGCCUCAGUAAUCCACAGGAACCAUAGAACAGGCCGGGAGUGGUUUGUGGCCCUUAAUAAGAGGGGAAAAGCUAAAAUGGGCUCCAGUCCACGGGUGAAAUCCCAGCAUGUCUCCACACAUUUCUUACCCAGGGUUAGCUCGCAUGACAACAGCAUGAGAGAAUUCACCAUCACAGAAAGGAGCAAAGAGAGGAGGAAAACCCAGCAGCCGCCACCGAAAUCUCAACAGCCAAAGUCAAAGGUCCAAGCAGGAGCAGUACCGAGGCGCACACAGGUCAAAUACUGGCCCAAGUACAGGUUUGGAUAG